CUGUUGCACCGGUUUCGCUGACCGGCGGUUUCAGAGAGGGGUUCUAGCUGUGCUGCAAAUGGUCAUUUAGGCAUUUUGUUAGUCAACGAUUUGUUUUUUCAAGUCCUCAGUGGUGGUGGUGCUUAGGAGUUAGGGUUGUUGGUGUUAGGGUACGCGGCGGCGAUGGCGUGAGCAAGAGCGACGGCGGUGGUGGCCAGCCGGUGGUUGGUGGCAGAUAGUCAAUGAUUUACGCAUAAUUCUUCGACCUAAAGCUUUUCUCCCAGCAAAACACACACACACACACACACACUAUUUUGUAAAGUUAUCGAAACCACCGCCAAUCGCCACCACCAUGAGCAACUCUGUGGUGAGAAACGGUCCAUCCAGAAUUAGCCGGACUAGAUCCACCACGGCGGCGCUUGGGCUGGAAGCGAUCACGUUUAUCGGCUGGUCCUGGUUUACUGUGGAGAAGCGGUUCAAUGAGCUUACCGCCACCGCCACUGAUGGGUUACUCCCUCGCUCACAUUUCGGUGAAUGUAUUGGUAUGCGUAAUAGGGAGUCUAAGGAGUUCGCCUGCGAGCUUUUCGAUGCCCUAGCCCGGUCGAGAAACAUCUCCUGCGGUAGCAUUACUAAAGAAGAGCUGAGAGAGUUCUGGGAACAAAUCUCCGAUCCAAGUUUCGAUUCUCGGCUUCGUACUUUCUUCGACAUGAUUGAUAAGGAUGGUGAUGGCAGAAUUACGGAAGACGAAGUCAGGAAGAUGAUUAUCUUAAGUGCUUCUGCCAACCAACUGUCCAAUAUUGUAAUACAAGCAGAUGAGUAUGCGAAAUUAUUCAUGACAGAAUUGGACCAUAACAAGCUUGGAUACUUAACUAUAGAAAACUUGGAGAUGCUGAUACUGCAAGGCCCAAACCGAUCUCUCACAGGCGACAAUGAAGGCCGAGGUUUGAGCAGAAUGCUGAGCCAGAAGCUGAGGCCGACUCACGUCAACCUCGUACAGAGGAAAUACAGAGAUUUUCAUUACUUUGUACUGGACAAUUGGCAGAGAGUUUUGGUAAUGGCACUAUGGAUCGGGAUUAUGGCUGCUAUUUUUACUUACAAGUACAUCGAAUACAAGAAUAGAGCAGUGUUUGAAGUCUUGGGCCAUUGUGUAUGCAUGGCCAAGGGUGCUGCAGAGACUCUGAAGCUGAACAUGGCCCUUAUUUUGCUGCCCGUUUGUCGGAAUACCAUCACCUGGCUCAGGAACAAGACCAAACUAGCCAUGGCUGUUCCGUUUGAUGACAACCUUAAUUUCCACAAACUGAUUGCUGUGGCGAUUGCAUUAGGGGUAGGAAUACACGGGAUCAGCCAUUUAGCAUGUGAUUUCCCUCGUCUUCUAAUCGCGAGCUCGGACGAGUACAGUCCCUUGGGGACUUUCUUUGGGGAGGAACAGCCAACAAGCUAUUGGCAUUUCGUGAAGGGAUGGGAAGUUACGACAGGGAUUCUUAUGGUGGUUUUAAUGGCCAUAGCUUUCACUCUUGCAUUUCCGUGGUUUAGGAGGAGCAGAGUAAGACUACCGAAACCAUUGAACAAACUCACGGGGUUCAAUGCGUUUUGGUACUCACACCACCUUUUCAUCAUUGUGUACGGUCUCCUCAUUAUUCAUGGUAUAAAGCUCUAUAUGACCCAUGAAUGGUACAAAAAAACGACAUGGAUGUAUUUGGCAGUUCCUGUCGCACUAUAUCUCGGCGAAAGAUUGAUUAGGGUAUUCAGGUCCAGCAUUAACUCCGUUAAGAUCUUAAAGGUUGCAGUUUACCCAGGAAAUGUGCUAGCACUGCACAUGUCAAAGCCCCAAGGAUUCAAAUACAAAAGUGGACAGUACAUUUUUGUCAACUGUGCAGCUGUUUCUCCAUUCGAAUGGCAUCCAUUUUACAUGACUUCAGCACCAAUGGAUGAUCAUCUGAGCAUCCACAUGAGGACUCUUGGUGAUUGGACCAGACAACUUAAACUUGUUUUCUCAGAGGCUUGUCAGCCGCCGCGUUCUUUUCGGUCUGAUUAUUUGCAAGGAAAGAAUUAUCCCAACUUCCCAAGAGUGUUGAUUGAUGGGCCAUACGCAGCACCAUCGCAGGACUACAGGAACUACGGUGUGGUCCUGCUGUUGGGGUUGGGCAUUGGCUCAACGCCCAUGAUCAGCAUCAUCAAAGACAUUGUGAACAACAUAAUGUCGAUGGAGGAAGAAGAAGAAGCAAACUCCUUGGAGGAAGGAACCGCUGCUCCUCUGAAGUCGAGGUCGGAUAGUGGGGCCCACAGCUUCAAGACUAGGAAGGCGUACUUCUAUUGGGUGAUAAGAGAACAGGGUUCUUUUGAUUGGUUUAAGGGUGUACUGGAUGAAGUUGCUGAGCUGGACACAAGAGGGAUCGUAGAAAUGCACAACUACUGUACGAGCGUGUACGAGGAAGGGGAUGCUCGUUCGGUUAUCAUCACUAUGCUUCAAUCGCUCAACCAUGCCAAGAACGGUCUCGACGUUGUCUCUGGAACACGGAUUACGUCCCACUUUGGCAAGCCUAAUUUUCGUAACGCCUUCAAAGGCAUAGCACUUAAUCAUCCUAAUACAAGAGUUGGAGUGUUUUACUGUGGCGCACCAGCACUGGAGCCAGAACUGAGGCAGCUAGCAUCUGAUUUCUCUCACAAAACCACCACCAAAUUUGAGUUCCAUAAAGAGAAUAUGUGAAAGUAUAAUUCCAUAUUUAACCACCACCAGGGAGCAAAGAAAUUUCUUGUAAUUCUAUAUUUAUUUAUUUAUUUCCUUUUUCGUGUUUCCUCCUUGUGGGAAAGUAUAGCUAGUUAGAACUUAUAAAUGAUUUUCUAGGGAUAAUGGUGGAGUAAUGGGAGGUGGAAGAAUACCCCCUCAACGGGAGGUGAAGUUCGCCGAGUGUAAUUGAACCAUAUACGUGUGUAUAUCCACUGUACCUUCUACACAUAUUCAUUGCCGGAACGGGAGGAAAAAAAUCAACGCCGGUCAAUGCGGUCGGUGGUAGUCGGCGGCAGUCAACGGUACAAAAAAAUGGUCAAUUGAUGAAUAUGUGGUUAAAUUAGGAUUUGAAAUUAUGAAUUGUGUUUAAAGGAUUAGUGUAAUUUCUAUCAUAAAUAUUAGGACUUUUUUCGGGCCACCGUACCA